AUGGGCAAUGCUCCUGCUUUCUUUCAGAAACUGUACAAGCUUGCCAUGGAGGAAGAGAAGAAGAAGGGUCACGACCUGCGAGCAGAUUCCAUUCCUAUCAAGGCUGCAAAAGCUUCCAGAGAUAUAGCAAGUGAUUACAAGUACAAGGAAGGUUACCGGAAGCAGCUUGGCCACCAUAUUGGAGCGCGCAACAUACAGGACGACCCGAAGAUGAUGUGGUCCAUGCACGUAGCCAAGGUCCAGAGUGACCGGGAGUACAAGAAGGCCUUUGAGAAGACCAAGACCCACUUCAGCAGCCCAGUGGACAUGCUGGGAAUUGUGUUGGCAAAGAAAUGCCAGGAGCUGGUCAGCGAUGUGGAUUACCGCCACUAUCUGCAUCAGUGGACUUGUCUGCCAGACCAGAAUGAUGUUAUCCAUGCUAAGAAGGCCUACGAUCUACAGAGUGAUAAUUAUUACAAGUCAGACCUUGAAUGGUUGCGGGGCAUUGGCUGGGUGCCCAUUGGUUCCUUGGAUGUUGUAAAAGCCAAGAAAGCAGCAGAGAUCUUGAGUGACAAAGUAUACCGUCAGCCUCCCGACACCAUUAAGUUCACUAGUGUCACUGAUUCCCUGGAGAUGGUCUUAGCCAAGCAUAAUGCAGAGACAAUGAAUAAGCGUUUAUACACUGAGGCCUGGGAUAAAGACAAGACACAGAUCCACAUAAUGCCUGACACACCUGAAAUCACGCUGGCCAAACAGAACAUGCUAAACUACAGUGAGAAAUUUUAUAAACAUGCCAUGGAAGAAGCAAAAAAGAAAGGCCAUGACUUGCGAGGAGAUGCCAUCCCCAUUCAAGCUGCCAAAGCAUCAAGAGAAAUUGCCAGUGAUUACAAGUACAAGGAAGGUUAUCGCAAGCAGCUUGGCCACCAUAUUGGAGCGCGCAACAUACAGGAUGACCCGAAGAUGAUGUGGUCCAUGCACGUAGCCAAGGUCCAGAGUGACCGGGAGUACAAGAAGGCCUUUGAGAAGACCAAGACCCACUUCAGCAGCCCAGUGGACAUGCUGGGAAUUGUGUUGGCAAAGAAAUGCCAGGAGCUGGUCAGCGAUGUGGAUUACCGCCACUAUCUGCAUCAGUGGACUUGUCUGCCAGACCAGAAUGAUGUUAUCCAUGCUAAGAAGGCCUACGAUCUACAGAGUGAUAAUUAUUACAAGUCAGACCUUGAAUGGUUGCGAGGCAUUGGCUGGGUGCCCAUUGGUUCCUUGAAUGUUGUAAAAGCCAAGAAAGCAGCAGAGAUCUUGAGUGACAAAGUAUACCGUCAGCCUCCCGACACCAUUAAGUUCACUAGUGUCACUGAUUCCCUGGAGAUGGUCUUAGCCAAGCAUAAUGCAGAGACAAUGAAUAAGCGUUUAUACACUGAAGCGUGGAAUAAAGAUAAGACUGUGAUUCAUGUUAUGCCUGACACACCAGAAAUCCUACUGUCUAAGCAAAACCAAAUACACUACAGUCAGAAAAUGUACAGACUGGCUUUGGAGGAAUCAAAGAAGAAGGGUCAUGACUUGCGUUUUGAUGCUAUUCCUAUCCAAGCUGCCAAAGCAUCCAGAGAGAUUGCCAGUGAUUACAAGUACAAGGAAGGUUACCGGAAGCAGCUUGGCCACCAUAUUGGAGCGCGCAACAUACAGGACGACCCGAAGAUGAUGUGGUCCAUGCACGUAGCCAAGGUCCAGAGUGACCGGGAGUACAAGAAGGCCUUUGAGAAGACCAAGACCCACUUCAGCAGCCCAGUGGACAUGCUGGGAAUUGUGUUGGCAAAGAAAUGCCAGGAGCUGGUCAGCGAUGUGGAUUACCGCCACUAUCUGCAUCAGUGGAUCUGUCUGCCAGACCAGAAUGAUGUUAUCCAUGCUAAGAAGGCCUAUGAUCUACAGAGUGAUGCUGUUUACAAAUCAGACCUUGAAUGGCUAAGGGGAAUUGGAUGGGUUCCUAUCGGUUCCGUGGACAUCGAGAAAGUCAAGAAAGCUGGAGAAAUCCUGAGUGAAAGGAAGUAUCGUCAGCCACCGGACCAGAUUAAAUUUACUAGUGUGACAGAUUCUUUGGCUAUGGUCUUAGCUAAGCAUAAUGCUGAGAUAAUAAACAAGCGAUUAUACACGGAAGCCUGGGAUGCUGACAAAACCUCAAUUCACAUCACGCCUGAUACACCAGAAUUUCUGUUGGCAAGGGCCAAUGCAGCUAAUAUUAGCCAUAAACAUUAUACACAAGCCUGGGAUGAAGCCAAAAAGAAGGGUUAUGAUAUGAGAGCUGAUGCAAUUCCGAUCCGAAGUGCAAAGGCAUCAAGAGAUAUUGCAAGUGAUUACAAGUACAAGGAAACGCAUGAGAAGCAGAAGGGGCACUACAUUGGGUGCCGCACUGCAAAGGAGGACCCCAAGCUGUCGUGGGCUGCACGCGUGAUGCAACUGCAGAACGACCGAAUCUACCGCAAGGCCUACAACGAUUCCAAGUCCCACGUGCACAUUCCAGUGGACAUGAUGUCCUUGCAGGCAGCCAAGGAAGGGCAGGCACUAGUCAGUGAUGUCGACUACCGGCAUUACCUCCACCAGUGGACGUGUCUGCCCUCCCUGCGCCUGCUGUUCUUGCUGCAAUGGCUGUGACCCCUGGUUUGUUUGCAGAACGUGUACAAGUCCGACCUGGAGUGGUUGCGUGGCAUUGGCUGGCUGACCGAAGGAUCUGUGGACGUGCUCAAAGCCAAGAGAGCCCAGGAGCUCCUGAACGACAGGUUGUAUCGCACACGGCCGGACGCGUUGAAGUUCACCAGCGUUACGGACUCGCCAGAUGUUGUCCAGGCCAAGAUCAAUGCUCUGCAGCUCAGCCACCGCCUGUAUCGUGAGGCCUGGGACAAAGACAAGACGCAGAUUUGCUUGCCUUCCGACACACCUGACAUGCUGCAGUCCAGAGUCAACGCUCAGAACAUCAGCAACAAACACUAUCAGAGGGACUGGGACGAGGCCAAGGCGAAAGGCUAUGACCUAAGAGCUGACGCCAUUUCCAUCAAGCAUGCCAAGGCUUCCAGAGACAUCGCCAGUGAGUACAAGUACAAGGAAACGCAUGAGAAGCAGAAGGGGCACUACAUUGGGUGCCGCACUGCAAAGGAGGACCCCAAGCUGUCGUGGGCUGCGCGCGUGAUGCAGCUGCAGAACGACCGAAUCUACCGCAAGGCCUACAACGAUUCCAAGUCCCACGUGCACAUCCCAGUGGACAUGAUGUCCUUGCAGGCAGCCAAGGAAGGGCAGGCACUGGUCAGUGAUGUCGACUACCGGCAUUACCUCCACCAGUGGACGUGUCUGCCUGACCAGAAUGACGUGAUCCAUGCAAGGAAGGCCUAUGACCUGCAGAGCGAUAAACACUAUCAGAGGGACUGGGACGAGGCCAAGGCGAAAGGCUAUGACCUAAGAGCUGACGCCAUUUCCAUCAAGCAUGCCAAGGCUUCCAGAGACAUCGCCAGUGAGUACAAGUACAAGGAAACGCAUGAGAAGCAGAAGGGGCACUACAUUGGGUGCCGCACUGCAAAGGAGGACCCCAAGCUGUCGUGGGCUGCACGCGUGAUGCAGCUGCAGAACGACCGAAUCUACCGCAAGGCCUACAACGAUUCCAAGUCCCACGUGCACAUCCCAGUGGACAUGAUGUCCUUGCAGGCAGCCAAGGAAGGGCAGGCACUAGUCAGUGAUGUCGACUACCGGCAUUACCUCCACCAGUGGACGUGUCUGCCUGACCAGAAUGACGUGAUCCAUGCAAGGAAGGCCUACGACCUGCAGAGCGAUGCUAUCUAUAAGUCAGAUCUGGAAUGGCUCCGUGGAAUUGGUUGGUUGCCAAAUGAUUCUCCUGUUCUAAAGAGGGUGAAGCAUGCCCAUGAUCUCCUGAGCGACAAAGUCUACCGUACACCUAUAGACAGCGUGAAAUUCACCAGUGUUGUUGAUUCUCCAGAUGUUGUUCAAGCUAAAAUUAAUGCUGAACAACUCAGCAUUACAAAAUAUAAAGAAGCCUGGGAAAAGGACAAGACUAUGAUACGUAUGAUGGCAGACACCCCUGAAAUCAACCUAGCCAAGACUAAUGCUCUUCAUUAUAGCCAGAAACUGUACAAAGAAGCUUGGGAUGAAAUGAAGAUGAGUUACGAUUUGAGAGCAGAUGCAAUCCCAAUCAAGGCAGCCAAAGCUUCCAGAGAAAUCGCUAGUGAUUAUAAAUACAAACUGGAUCACGAGAAACAGAAAGGACAUUAUGUUGGAGUUCCGAACGCCAAAGCAGAUACAAAAAUAAAGUUUGCUCUUGGUAUAGGCAAGGUUCAGAGUGAACUGGAGUACAAGAAGCACUUUGCCAAAUGGAAGACACAGUGCCACCUGCCACCUGACAUGCUAUCCAUCCUGUCAGCCAAGCAUGGCCAGGCUUUAGUCAGCGAUGUUGAUUACCGUCAUUACUUGCAUCAGUGGAUCUGUCUCCCAGAUCAAAAUGAUGUCAUGCAUGCUAGGAAGGCCUACGAUCUUCAGAGUGAUGCUAUUUACAAAUCUGAUUUAGAAUGGCUGCGUGGAAUUGGAUGGUUGCCAAAUGACUCCGUUGGGCUCAACCAUGUCAAACAUGCUGGAGACCUCUUGAAUGAGAAAAAGUAUCGUACAAAAGCUGAAACUCUUCGUUUUACUCCCGUGGCUGACAGAGUUGAUUAUAUCACAGCAAAGAAUAGUGGUGAAAUUCUUAGUGAUAUUAAAUACCACAAAGAGUGGAAUCAGGUCAAGUCCAACUACACUUUGACCGAUACACCACAGCUAGAUAUGGCCCGAGAGGCAGCCAGACAUCUCAAUCAGCAUUUGUACAAGGAAAGUUGGGAAAAAGAAAAAGCCACUGGUUAUCUCUUACCUCCUGACACUGUGCAGAUAUGUCAUGCCAAGCACUCAAAUGAUGUCCAAAGCGAGCUUAAAUACAAAGCUGACUAUGUGAAACAAAGAGGUCACUAUGUUGGAGUUCCCACUAUGAGAGACGACCCCAAACUGGUGUGGUUUGAGCAUGCUGGCGAGAUCCAGAAUGACAGAUUGUACAAAUCAAAUUAUCACAAAACUAAAUCCAAAAUCCACAUUCCUGCGGACAUGAUGUCAGUUACGGCAGCCAAAGAAUGUCAGACCUUGGUCAGCGAUGUCGAUUACCGCCAAUACCUGCAUCAAUGGACGUGUCAUCCUGACCAGAAUGACUGUAUUCAGGCAAGGAAGGCCUAUGAUCUGCAGAGUGAUAAUAUUUACAAAUCUGAUUUGGAAUGGCUCCGAGGCUGUGGUUGGAUUCCCCUGGAUUCGGUGGAACACAAGAAAGUUAAGCAUGCACAAAAAUUGAUCAACAAGAGAGCAUAUACAAAAGAAGCCCUUGACAACUUCUCCAAAUACACAAGUGUGGUUGACACUCCAGAGAUUGUUUUGGCACAGAUUAACUCUAUCAAUCAGAGUGAUCUAAAGUACAAAGAAACAUUUAAUCUGGAGAAAGGCCAGUACAUUGGAUCUGAUGAUACUCCUGAACUGAACCAUGCCAGAGACAUGUCCUUACUGUAUAGUGAUAAACUUUAUAAAAAUGCUUGGGAAAUCAGUAAACCCAUUGGAUAUACUUUGGAUGAGAAAUACAUUCCUCUUGUUGGAGCUAAGCAUGCAAAUUACAUUAAUAGUGAGCUUAAAUAUAAGGAAAUAUAUGAGAAGCUGAAGGGCCAUUACCUGGCUGGAAAGGAUAUUGGUGACUUCCCCAGUGUCAUUCACUCACUAGCAUUCCAGAAAAUGAGGAGUGCGUUGGCAUACAGAAAGAAUUAUGAAGAUACCAAAAAAAAUGUCCAUAUUCCAAGUGACAUGAUGAAUCAUGUGCUAGCUAAAAAAUGCCAAUAUAUUCUCAGUGAUCUAGAAUACCGAACCUACUUUCAUCACUGGAAUUGUUCACCCGAAGAACACGAUGUUAUUCAAGCCAGAAGGGCCCAGGAGAUUCUGAGUGAUGUGAUAUAUAAAGAUGACUUAAACUGGCUGAAGGGAAUUGGAUGCUAUGUCUGGGAUACUCCACAAAUCCUGCAUGCUAAAAAAUCAUAUGACCUCCAGAGCCAAAUAAAAUACACAGCUGCAGGAAAAGAGAAUUUUCGGAAUUUUGGUGUUGUUACUGAUACACCUGUUUAUGUGACUGCAGUGCAGAGUGGUAUGAAUGCUAGUGAUGUGAUAUACAAAGCAGAUUACCACAAAACUAAGGACAAGUACACAACUGUGACUGAAACAGCGGAUUCUGAAAGGGUCCAAAAUUUGAAACAUCUUUUUAGCAAUAAUCUCUACAAGGAAGCCUGGGAUAAAGUGAAAGCUACUGGCUAUAUUUUGCCCUCUGAUGCAGUCUCCUUAGCACGUGCAAAAGAACUGAAGCAUAAUGCUAGUACAGUAAAAUACCGGGAAGAAUAUGACAAGUUUAAAGCACUGUACACAUUACCCAAAAGUGUUGAGGAUGAUCCCAACACAGCAAGGUGCCUGAGAGUUGGAAAGCUUAACAUUGAUCGCCUGUACAAGGAAGUCUAUGAAAAGAAUAAAACCAAAAUCCACAUUAUUCCAGACAUGGUAGACAUAAUUUCUGCCAAAGAUGCACAGAAGAAAAUCAGUGAAGUUGAUUACCGCACACACCUUCACGAGUGGAUUUGUCUACCAGACCUUCAAAUCAAUGCCCAUGUUCGAAAAGUCACUGAUCAGCUUAGUGAUGUGGUGUAUAAGGAUGAUCUCAACUGGCUGAAAGGCAUUGGCUGCUUUGUCUGGGACACUCCUGAAAUUCUCCAUGCCAAGCACGCAUACGACCUUCGCAGUGAUAUUAAGUACAAAUCUAAUGCAGAGAAAAUGAAGAAUCACUACACUGUGGUCAUGGACACUCCUGUCUAUGUCCAGAAUAUCCUCAGUGGCAUGAAUUUGAGUGAAACUAUCUAUCGUGGUGAAUAUUUGCAAAAUAUCAGAGGCAAAAUGACUCCUACCAAUAAAACAGUAGAUUUGGAUCGGGCAAAGCAUGCACACCAAAUACAGAGUGAAAAUUUGUAUCGCUGGGCUGGUUUGAAAGCUCUGCCUACUGGAUACAGUCUUCCUAAAGACACCCCAAGCUUUCAGCAUGCUAAACAUGUCCAGUACAUUGGCAGUGAUCUGAAAUACAAAGAAGCCUAUGAACACAUGAAAGCUAAGGGCUAUACUCUGGGACCUAAAGAUGUCAACUUUGAAAAUGUAAAGAAAGUGAAUCAAGUUGUUAAUGAGAGAUUGUAUCGGGCGACAUACCACAAGUACAAGGACAAGAUUCAUACCACUCCUGACACACCUGAAAUCCGGCAAGUCAAAGCUACACAGGAAGCUGUCAGUGAUCAAAUCUACAAGUCGGAUUUCUUUAGGAUGCAGGGACACUUGAUUUCCCUGCCAUACACACCUCAGCUGCUGCACUGCCGCUAUGUUGGGGACAUCACAAGUGAUAAUAAAUACAAAGAGGAUCUGAUGUGGUUGAAGGGCUUAGGUUGCUUCCUGUAUGAUACUCCUGAUAUGGUCCGUUCUCGUGAGCUGCGCAAACUUUGGUCAAAUUAUGUAUACACUGAGAAUGCAAAGAAGAUGCGGGAUAAAUACAGUGUGGUGCUGGAUACUCCUGAAUACAGGACAGUUCAAGAGUUAAAAACACAUUUGAGUGAUCUGGUUUACAGAGCUGCAGGCAAGGAGCUGAAGACAAAGUAUACUUCCCUCCUUGAUACACCUGAUAACUUAAGAGCCAAGCAAGGACAAAAAAUACAGAGCCAGUAUUUGUAUGUGGAGCUUGCCACGAAAGAGAGACCCCAUCACCAUGCUGGUGGUCAGACUCCAGCUUUUACCCAUGCUAGGCAUGUAAAGGAUAUGAUUAGUGAGAAAAAAUAUAAAACCCAGUAUGAGAAGAUGAAAGACAAAUACACACCUGUCCCUGACACUCCAGUCUUGAUCAGAGCCAAGAGAGCAUACCUGAAUGCUAGUGAUUUGCGCUACAAAGAAACCUUCGAGAACACAAAGGGGAAAUACCACACUGUGAAAGAUGCUUUGGAUAUUGUUUAUCAUCGAAAGGUCACCGAUGAUAUCAGCAGUGUGAAAUAUAAGGAAAACUACAUGAGUCAGUUGGGAAUCUGGAGAUCUAUUCCAGACCGGCCAGAUCAUUUCCAUCAUCGUGCAGUCACAGAUGCUAUUAGUGAUUUUAAAUACAAGGAAGACUUAUCAUGGCUCAGGGGCAUUGGCUGUUACGCAUGGGAUACUCCAGAUUUUGCUCUGGCAGAGAAGAAUAAGGUGCUCUACAGUGGGUGCAAGUACAAGGAGAUGUUUGAGAAGACUAAAUCUCAUUUUAAGUAUGUAGCUGACUCUCCAAUUAACCAACAUUUUAAAUAUGCCACUAAGUUGAUGGAUCAGAAAUUAUAUAAAGCUGCCUAUGAGAAGCUCAAAGAUAGGUACAGCGUUAUUGUGGAUGAUCCUAGGAACCUCCUGGCCAAGUGGGGAACCACCCUGAGCAGUCAGAUUGAAUAUAAAAAGGAAUAUGAAAAGAAGAAAGACAAAUAUACUACAGUUGUGGACACUCCAGAGCACUUACGGACUACGAAAGUGAACAAACAGAUCAGUGAUAUUAUUUACAAGUUGGAAUAUAACAAAGCAAAACCUAAAGGCUAUACUACGAUCCACGAUACACCUAUGUUAUUGCACGUGCGCAAGGUCAAGGACAGAAUAAGUGAUCUGAAAUACAAGGAGCUGUAUGAGAGGAAUAAAUCUCACUGCAAUGUCAUAGCUGAUUCAGUUCAUAUUAAGACUCCAAGGCAUGCUUACAAGCUAAACAGCAAUCUAGAUUAUAAGAAGAAAUAUGAAGCAGCCAAGGCUCAUUGGCACUGGAUUGCUGAUAGACCUGACUUUGUGCAAGCAGCCAAGUCCUCUCUACAACAGAGUGAUUACGAAUACAAACUGGACCGUGAAUUCCUAAAAGGAUGCAAACUGUCUGUCACAGAUGACAAAAACACAGUAUUGGCUUUAAAUAAUGCCAUCUUGGCAAGCGAUAUAAAAUACAAAGAGAAGCAUAACAAAGCUCGAGGAACAUACCACGUUGUUCCAGAUACACCUCAGAUCCUCCUGGCUAAGAAUGUCAGCUCUCUUGUGUCUGAGAACAAAUACAAAGAACAUAGCAAGAAGCAGCUUCCACGUGGAUCUUAUACAACCCUGCCUGAGACACGAGACACUGCUCAUGUGAAAGAGGUGACCAAGAAUGUCAGUGAGACAAAUUACAAAAAGAAGUUUGUGAAGGAGAAGGGCAGAUCUGACUAUUCUGUGAUGCUGGAGCCUCCUGAUGUGAAACAUGCCAUGGAAGUGGCUAAGAAACAGAGUACCGUUGAAUACAAGAAAGAUGCCAAAUCCAAGCUCCACUACACACCCAUAGCAGAUCGGCCAGAUAUUAAAAAAGCAACGCACGCUGCCAAGUUAAUUAGUGAUAUUGAAUAUAAGAAGCGUGGAGGAGCUGGCAUAGGGGUAACCAUGCUGGGACGUCCUGAUAUUGAACUUGCAAAGGAGGUGUCAAAGCUAACUAGCCAGGCAGAAUACCUCAAACGACACAUGAGAGGGCAUGGAGCUGCAUCUUAUGAUACACCAUGGAUGAGAACCUUUAAGAAAGCUAAUAUGCUAAGUAGUCAUGUUAAAUACAAGGAGAAUUUCUCCAAAGAGAAGGGUAAAAAGCCGAAGUAUGAUUUAAAAGAGGCUAAAAUCUACAAGACCAUGAAAGAUGCUCACAACAUGGCUAGUGAGGUGAAAUAUAAGGCAGAUUUAAAGAAACUUCACAAGCCUGUCACGGACAUGUCGGAGUCGCUGAUCAUGAACCACGUCCUGAACACAAGCCAGCUCGCCAGUGCUUACCAGUACAAGAAGCAAUAUGAGAAGAGUAAGGGUCACUACCAUGUGGUGCCAGAUAAUCUUGAACAGGUUCAUCUAAGGGAGGCAACAGAACUACAGAGCCAAAUAAAAUACAAAGAAAAGUAUGAGAAGGAAAAAGGAAAACCUAUGUUGGACUUCGAAACUCCGACAUACCUUACUGCAAAAGAGUCUCAGCUCAUGCAGAGUGAGAAAGAAUAUAAGAGGGACUUUGAAGAGUCCAUUAAGGGCAGAAACCUUACUGGCUUGGAGAUUACACCAUCCUUAUUACAUGUCAAAUAUGCAACCAAAAUAGCAAGCGAGAAAGAAUAUAGGAAGGAUCUGGAGGAAGGUGUCAAAGGCAAAGGUCUCACAGCUUUAGAAGAGACUCCAGAUAUGCUGAGAGCAAAGAAUGCAACCCAAAUCCUAAAUGAGAAAGAGUACAAAAAAGCACUGGAAAUGGAAAUCAAAGGAAGAGGUCUGACAGAACUGGCUUUAGAGACACCAGAUUUUGUGAGAGCAAAGAAUGCCACUGACAUUGCCAGCCAGAUCAAGUACAAACAAUUGGCAGAAAUGGAGAAAGCCAAUUACACCAGUGUUGUUGAUACUCCAGAGAUUAUUCAUGCCCAGCAGGUCAAGAACCUUUCAAGCCAGAAAAAGUAUAAGGAAGAUGCAGAAAGGACCAUGCCAUACUAUGUGCCUGUUGUAGACACACCAGAAAUGCAGAGAGUCCGUGAGAAUCAAAAGAACUUUAGCACACUUCAGUAUCAGUGGGACCUGCAGAACAGUAAAGGAAAAGUUACAGUGGUCCAAGACACACCGGAAAUACUGCGUGUGAAAGAAAAUCAGAAGAAUUUCAGCUCGAUUUUAUAUAAAGAAGAUAUUGGAACUGGAACUACUAUUGAAAAGACACCAGAGAUGCAGAGAGUUAAACGAACCCAGGAUGCAAUUAGCUCGAUUAAGUACAAGGAGAGUAUUGGAAAAGGAACUCCAAUUCCUGAUCUCCCAGAAGUGAAGCGUGUCAAGGAGACCCAGAAGCACAUCAGCUCGGUAUUGUACAAAGAGGACCUAGGGACAGGUAUCCCAACACCAGUCACUCCAGAAAUAGAGAGAGUCAAACGCAAUCAAGAACACAUUAGCUCGGUGUUAUACAAAGAGGGCUUAGGGACUGGCACCCCCACACCGGUCACUCCAGAGAUGGAGCGAGUCAAACGCAAUCAAGAGAACAUUAGCUCGGUGUUAUACAAGGAGGGACUGGGGAUUGGCACCCCCGUACCUGUAACCCCCGAGAUGGAGAGAGUCAAACGCAAUCAAGAAAACUUUAGCUCGGUGUUGUACAAAGAGGAUGUGGGGACAGGGACCCCAACACCUGUCACUCCUGAGAUUGAAAGAGUCAAACGCAAUCAAGAACACUUUAGCUCGGUAUUAUACAAGGAGGGUCUGGGGACAGGGACCCCAACACCGGUCACUCCUGAGAUUGAGAGAGUCAAACGCAAUCAAGAAAACUUUAGCUCGGUGUUGUACAAAGAGGAUCUGGGGACAGGAACCCCAAUACCUGUCACUCCUGAGCUUGAGAGAGUCAAACGCAAUCAAGAACACAUUAGCUCGGUGUUGUACAAAGAGAACGUGGGGACUGGCACCCCCAUUCCAGUCACUCCAGAGAUGGAGAGGGUCAAACACAAUCAAGAAAUCUGUAGUUCGGUGUUAUACAAAGAAAACAUAGGGCAAGCAACCCCGACACCUGUCACUCCCGAGAUGGAAAGAGUCAAACGCAAUCAAGAAAUCAUUAGCUCGGUUUUGUACAAAGAAAAUGUGGGGAAAGUGACCCCAACACCAGUCACUCCAGAGAUGGAGAGAGUCAAACGGAAUCAAGAAAUCAUUAGCUCGGUGUUGUACAAAGAAAACUUGGGGCGAGCAACCCCCACCCCUGUCACUCCAGAGAUGGAGAGAGUCAAACGCAAUCAAGAACACAUUAGCUCGGUUGUGUACAAGGAAGGCCUAGGGAACGCAACCCCCACUCCGGUCACUCCAACUCCAGAGAUGGAGAGAGUCAAACGCAAUCAAGAGAACAUUAGCUCGGUAUUGUACAAAGAACAUCUGGCAAAAGGGACUCCAACACCAAUGACUCCAGAGAUGGAGAGGGCCAAACGCAAUCAAGAGAACAUUAGCUCGGUUCUUUAUUCUGAUAGUUUCCGAAAACAAGUACAAGGCAAAGCUGCCUAUGUCCUGGAUACACCCGAGAUGCGGCGCGUACGAGAGACCCAGAAACACAUCUCCACAGUGAAAUACCAUGAAGAUUUUGAGAAAAACAAAGGUAGUUUCACGCCUGUAGUUACUGACCCCAUUACAGAACGUGUGAAAAAGAACAUGCAGGACUUCAGUGACAUCAGCUAUAGAGGCAUUCAAAGACGAGUAGUAGAAAUGGAGCGGAAACGUGUGGACCAGGAUCACGAGAAUCUCACAGAUCUUCGUGUGUGGCGCACUAAUCCUGGCUCCGUCUUCGACUAUGACCCAGCAGAAGACAACAUCCAGUCCAGAAGCUUACACAUGAUCUCGGUCCAAGCCCAGCGCCGCAACCGGGAACAUUCCCGCUCCGCCAGCGCCUUGAGCCUCAGCGGUGGGGAGGAGAAAUCCGAGCCCUCGGACGGGGUGGACCAACAUCUCUCCUACUACAGCAACAACGGGGGCUUCUUUACUACAACUGCAACAGUGGCCUACAAACACGCUAAAACUAUAGAGCUGCCCCAGCAACGCUCGUCGUCAGUUGCCACCCAGCAGACAACGGUCUCCUCGGUGCCUUCGCACCCCUCCACAGCUGGUAAGACCUACAGGGCCAUGUACGACUACAUGGCGGCCGACGCAGAUGAGGUUUCCUUCAAGGACGGCGACACCAUCGUGAACGUGCAGGCCAUCGACGAGGGCUGGAUGUACGGGACGGUCCAGAGGACGGGCAAGACGGGAAUGCUGCCCGCCAACUACGUCGAAGCCCUCUGA